UCGCGCGGCCCAAUCCGAAUCACCUUCUUCAACAACCCUGGCUUUUAAGUUUUGCGUUCAAUAACUAACCAAACCCAAAACCUCAAAUGGUGUCCACUGAACUGCGUGGCCUCUCCAUCGCCGCUCCACGCAUCCUCAACCUUCACCCGACGCUCUCCAUUCCCCCGCCUUCUUCGCUCCCCCCUCCAACCUCAUGAAUUCCCUCUCCGAGUCGCUCUCCGGAUCAACUUCGCUCGCGCAUGGAUUUGAGGAGGCUCGUCCCAGCGAAGCCCUCUCUUGUCGCCCCUUCCAUUGCUCGUCCCUUGAUCAGCUUCUCCUCCAAUGCUCCGUCGCCUCUCCGCCCGGACCGCCGCUUCGAGCCGUUGCCCGAUGAUGCCCGACCCGAGGGCUCGGUCGGAUCGGCGCCUUCGACACCGUCGAGCCGACGGCUCGAUCAGGGUAUGCUCAAAACCGUGUCCUCGAUGCUCUCGAGCUCGCGCCUCGCUCAUUCCCAGUGUAGGUCAGUGAUUGGGCGGUUGUCUCCCGUUGAGUUUGAUCGGGCGUUUUUCGCGGUCCGGUCGGACGUUAAGAUGAAGACCACCCUCAAGUUCUUUUGCGUCGCGUCUCAAUCCUUCAAGUUCCCAUUCACCGUCCGGACGUACUGCAUUUUGGUUCUUCUGCUCAUUGAUUCGGACCGCUUGCCGCGUGCGAGGUGGCUCUUGACGGAAUUGAUUCUUGGGAAGCUGCCUGUUUCGAGUGCGAAUCCUGAGAAACGACACAUUGAGCUGGCUACUGUGUUGGCAGAGCUGAACGUGGUGUCUGGUCUGGCCGGAGGAGUUCGGGCAUUGGAUACGUUAAUACAUGUUUGCUGUACCCAAUUUGAAGAUAAAGGUUCCGGUUAUGCUAUUGAUGCGUUUAGGUUAUUAGCUGAUAAGGGUUUGUUUCCGUCUUUGAAGACAUGCAAUUUUUUGUUGAGUUUUUUAGUCAAGUCGAACAAGCUUGACAAGUGCUACGAAGUAUUUGAAGUGAUGCUUCGUGGUGUUGUUCCGGAUGUUAACUUGUUUAGCAUUGCAAUCAAUGCAUUUUUCAAGGGAGGGAGAGUGGAAGAUUCCAUCCGAUUAUUUACGAGCAUGGAGGAAUUGGGGGUAUCUCCAAAUGUGGUUACGUGCAAUAGCAUGAUUGAUGGUCUUUGCAAGAACGGGAGAUUAGAUGCUGCGUUGCAGUUUAAAGAGACGAUGAUAGAAAAAGGUGUGAAUCCGAAUCUUAUAACUUAUAGCAUUCUGAUUAACGGCCUUAUGAAAUUGGAGCAAUUUGAUGAGGCCAAAAUUUUCAUGGAAGAAGCAUCUGAUAGAGGGCUUGUUUUGACCGAGGUGGUAUACAACCCUAUGAUAAGUGGGUAUGCUAAAGCAGGAAAAAUCAGCGAGGCACAAGAUAUUAUUAAGGAUAUGAUGUCCAAGGGUAUUAGUACCAAUCCAGUCACUUUAAAUUCUCUUUUACGGGGUUAUAUCAUAAAUGACCAGAUGGAGAGCGCUGAGCUCCUUUUGGAGGAGAUGCUAGUGAAGGGGCUAGCUGUAAAUCCUGGUGCUUUUAAUUCAGUGGCUAGCUGGUUAUGUAGGAGUUCUAAAUUCGACUGUGCUCUGAGACUUAUUAGGGAAAUGUUAUUGAGAAAUUUAAAGCCUAAUGAUGCAGUGUUGACCACAUUGCUUGGUGGACUUUGUAAAGUUGGAAAAAUUUCGGAUGCAGUGGAACUUUGGUUCUCGCUACUGGGAAAAGGAUUUACGGCCAACACUGUCACAUCAAAUGCUUUAAUUCAUGGACUUUAUAUAGCUAAUAAAAUGGAAGAGGCUUUUAGGAUCCUCGAGAAGAUGGUAGAAAGGGGUUUGGUGUUGGAUAUAACAACAUACAACAUACUCAUCUUGGCUUUUUGUAAGAAUGGAAAAGUCGAUAAAGGUUUCAUGUUGAGGGAUGAGAUGGUUAAGAGAGGCAUUCCGGCAGACAUCUGUACCUACAAUUUGCUAUUGCAUGGUCUUUGCGACAUGUGUGACAUAGAGAGAGCUGCUAAUCUCUGGGAUGAAUGCAAAAGAGCUGGUCUGACUCCUGAUAUCUACACUUAUGCAAUCAUGAUGGAUGGUUACUGCAGAGGUGACAAACUUGAAAAAGGAGAAAAGAUUUUCAAUGAAUUGGUCAUGAAGAAAGUGCAACUAAAUUCUAUUGUUUAUAACGUACUGAUCAGAGCAUAUUGCAGGAACGGAAAUACUUUGUUAGCCUUGCAACUGUGUGAUGCAAUGAGAACUGAGGGCAUUCCACCAACUUCUGUCACUUAUGGCACCCUGAUGCAUGGACUGUGCAUGAAUGGUUCUGUUGAGGAAGCAAGAUCCCUCAUAGGUGCAAUGAUCAAGGAGGGUGUCCAGCCAGAUGUUUUCUGUUGCACCACCAUCAUCAAUGGCUAUUUCAAGCUAGGCCAUAUGGAUAAGGCUGAAGCCGUGUUGCUGGAAAUGUCUUCAAACAACAUACACCCCAAUAAAGUUACCUACACUGUGAUGAUUAAUGGAUAUCUUAGAUGUGGUGAUAUGAUAAAAGUAACUAAGUUUCUGAAUGAGAUGGCAGGAAAUGGGAUUGCCCCUGAUAUCAUUACUAACAAUGUCUUGGAAAAUGGGUUAAGUAAACUGGGGAAGGCAGAUGAAGUUUCUGAGAUGUGUGACCAGGUGUGUGGCAGAGGAGUACUAUUCGAUGAACUCACAUAUACCACCUUGAUUAAUGGGUGGCUUCAGAGGCCAAAUAUUAGAUAUCCAGGGCCGUGAGGAAGAAUCUUAUGCUUAAUUUGCAACAACUGUGAUUUGGGAACAAGUUCUUGGUCCGUCUGGCUAAAUGAUGGUUAUUUCUAAGAUGAUUAGGUACGAACUCUUCGACCUUUGAAUAUCAGCUGCACGGACUGAGCAUCAGCAACCUGACACGAGAGGAAAAUGCCACUCCUUAGAAUUGACAACACUGGAUUGCGUCCCUGAUUGUUGCCCGUUGGAGGUUUUGCCUGAUGACCAUACAAAAGCUCCACCUGCGCAGCUGAGAAUACAAGUAUUUUCAGGCUCUCGCGUUGCUGAGUUUUGUUUGACUCACAAGAAGACCGAAUCGAGUGAUGCGGAACACAUCUGAAGAGUUGCAAGGGCCAAGUGCGGAACUCCUCUGCUGCGAAAAGGUCGCCGAAUUUGGACUCCAGCUCCCGUGCCAUGAGGUCAUGGCUCGGUUAUUUUCUUAUCGAGGGGAGGCGCUCUGCAAGGGACUCGGAUCAACUCAUGUCGUAAUCCGUUUCGAUGCGAGCAUCUGGAGAUGAUAACAAAAGCUGAGCGCGAAAGGAAAGCUAGAUCCUUUCGCAAGUUUCAAGUCAGCCCAUGGUAUUCUCUAAGAGAGAGGGCACCAUCACAGUGGUCAGAAGAAGCUAAACGACAUUGCCUAAAAAGCUGUGGGGUGGGGUGCUAUUGCGACGGAACGACGUUGCGUCAUGCAAUCCAGAGCUGUCCCUUUUCCAUGUAUACUUGUAUAGUUGCCUAUGCAACUUGAUUUUUGGUGGAUUACAAAAAGUUGUAGGAAAAAUGGAAAUAAAAGAUAUCAUUUCAUUUAAUCUUUUUAAGUAA